AUGAAUAAUAAUAGCGAUCAAGAAAAUGGGAUUACCUGGAGAGAAGAAGCUGAAAGUGUUAUAAAUGAUGUAAAAUUUGCAGUUAGCAGUAUUAGUAUUUCGGAAAUAUUGCCACUUACCGAAAGAAUUGUUUAUUUAAAUAUUGAAACCAAGGAGAAUAGGAAAAUGUGUUUGGAAAUGUCACCUAGAGGAUUCCGUGUCGUUUCUGAAAGUUUUGAUGUUAUAGAUCCAGAACAUUUGCAAAAUACUAAAUAUUAUGAAACCCUCUACUCUUUAUUGGACAUACACAGCCCACAAUAUAGACAAUUGUUUGGAAAUGCUCUA